AUGAUUCUGGAUAAUUUUUUUUCUUCUUCUUCUUUAUGUACCUAUUACUGUAGUACGUGCAAAACGUACCAAAACACACACACUCUCUCUCACUCACAUUUACCACCGAGUACACAAAAUAUGUUUCAUCACUUGCCACAAGAUAACAAUCCAUUAUCAACAAACAAAACAACAACAACAACCUACAUUUCUGCAAUGGCUCCAAUUAGCAAAGAAUGUAUCUAUAGAUGGGCCAAUGUACUCAAGUCUAAACCAACAAUUAUCAAAGAUACUUUUGCUUAUGGCUCAUACAAUAAUCUAACCAACCUUCUCAACAACAUACUCGAGAUUGAUCAUAAACCAAAUAUAUCCAAGUCAUGGUUUCAAGGAUUCCAUUUUUUAUAUAACAAUCAACUAAAUUUGAAACUUGGAAGUGAUGGGUAUGACAAUUACCAAGCUCCUGUUAAUGAACAAGGUGAACAGUUAUAUUUGAGACGGCUAUGGGCUCGAGGUGAAAUUGAUUUCUUCAAUUCACCGUCAAUAAAUUCCCCUAUUGAAGUAACCGAGACUUUAAAAAGUGUUAGAAUUAUCGAUGAAUCUGUUUUAGUUAGUAUUUUAAGGAAUUUCACUUCUGAAUCACAAGAGUUAUUACAAGAAAGUCGAACAUUAACAUAUACUAAUGCAUUAUACACUCCGAAUGAAAACUACUAUCAACUUGAAAAUUACAGUGGCAAUGGUCCUACUUUCCACAUAUCAAGUAUCGAUUUGUUGAAAUAUUCUAUGCUUACUUAUAAUCUUCACAAGAUUCAUAUCGAUGCAAAUUAUUGUCGCUCUAUUGAGGAUUUACCAAAUACGAUUGUUCACGGGCCCUUACAAGUGUCACUUUUGUUGUAUUAUUUUGCAAUUAAACAUCCUGAACUAAAACCAAAGAACUUUAAGUAUAGAACAUAUGCUCCUAUAUUUAUUAACGAAGAGAUCUCAAUACAAAUUGACGAGGUAUCGGAGAACUGCUAUUCUCUAGGUAUUAUAAGUAAAGAGUCAGGGAAAGUGUACAUUCAAGGUAAAUUAUCUACAGAGUAG